AUGGGCAGCUCAAAUAGCAGGCCUCAGGUGCCGGGCAAUUGGCAUGCCUCGCAGAUCCCAUCGCAAAAGGGCAAAGUGGCUGUGAUCACGGGCAGCAACUCGGGUAUCGGCUACGAGACAGCUUUGCAACUCGCUCGCAACGGGGCCCACGUGGUUUUAGCCUGUCGUAAUGAGGAACGCGGUCGCGAAGCGGAGGCCAGCAUACGGGAGGCUUUGGCAACUAUUCCCGAUGCUGGAACGGUUGAGUUCAUGCAGGUGGACGUGAGCGACUUGUCCAGCGUGAAACAGUUUACAGAAGAGUUCAAAAAGACUCACAACCGUUUGAAUUUACUCAUUAAUAACGCGGGGAUCAUGGGUGGUGUCUACAUCAAGACGGUGGAUGGCUACGAGCGGCAAGCACGCCCGCUCGCAUCAUCAAUGUGA